AUGACGACCGCCGCCGGUGCCCAAGACGCGGCCUGGGCCGUAGCGAUCCACCGCCCGCUCACGCGCCGAGGCCACGGCCCCGGACUCAUCAUCUUGACGGAGGAAGGCCAUGGGGUUCCGAAGGACGGUGUGCUUGACCCCCCGCCCGCGCAGAAAUGGGCCGAAGAGGGAUAUGCGAUUGCCGCUGUCACGAUCGGUGCAGACGCGGAGACUGUAGAUCUGAAACAGGUUCUGCAAAAUGCGGCUGACGAGCUCGACGAGCUCGACGUCUGUGAUCAGAAAGGCCGCUGUGGUCUUAUCAUCUAUGCCGCUGCCUCAAGCCCGGUCCUGGCAAACCUCGCCAAGGAAGGUCCCAUCGCGAGCAUCGAAGCCGUGGUGUUCUUCGGGGCCGGCGCCGCCUACGGCCACGGUCCUGCGCUGGCGCACGUGGCUGGUCCGGGUGCCGGCCAGACGGCGAGCCUGGCAAACGGUGGGAAGCACUACCUGUACCCUUCGGCGAGGCCCUUUUUCGGGGUUCCCGCCCACGCUGAUUAUCACGCGGCCUCGGCUUCCCUCGCCCACACGCGAACGCUGUCCUUCCUCAAGCCCCUUUUCGGGGGGCCUUACUUCGACAUUGAAGCUGUAUGGGAGGAGCACACGCAAUUUGAAUUCGGCGAACGAAGCGUCGAAAAGACCAUGGCUACCAUGGUCGAACAGCCCUACGUCAACCACGUCCCGACGCUGACAGGAGGCGUCGGUCGUGAGCGUCUCACAGACUUCUACCGCCAUCACUUCAUUUUCAGCAACCCGGAGGACACGGAGCUCGAGCUCGUCAGCCGAACGGUGGGCAUUGACAGGGUGAUUGACGAGUUUGUCUUCAAAUGCACCCAUGAUAGGGUGAUUGACUGGCUGCUCCCCGGGGUGCCCCCGACGGGCAAGGCGCUGACGAUACCGUUCACCAGCGUCGUCAACGUGCGGGGCGACCGGCUUCACCACGAGCACAUUGCGUGGGACCAGGCGACGGCAUUGCGGCAGCUGGGACUGCUGCCAGAGUACCUGCCAUUCCCAUAUGCCAUUGAUGGCCAGACACCGGCAGAGGGUCGGCGGUUCGAGUACCGGGUGCCGGUAGCAGGGACAGAGACGGCGGCGAAGCUGGCGGACGAAGGGGCUGUCGAGUCCAACGCCAUGUUUGCAUACACCACGAGGGAGGUGUGA